GAGAAACGCUGAUAGAACAUAUACGUCAUCACGAUCGUAUAAAAACCCUAAAACCCUUAAUUUCAGAGAGAGAGAGAAAGAGAGAAAGGGGAUAGAGAUAUCUAAACCUAGAGUGAGGUAAGAGCAAUGGAGGGAGGUGGGAGUGACAAUAUACUAGUCCCAGAAUCAGUAAUAGAGGUAGUGAAGAGAAUAUCUUCUAACAUGGAAGAAUUCAGAACCCAUUUCGUCGACUUCUUGUCUCUCUGCGACCCUCAAGUUCUCUCUGAAAUGCUUCCUUUACAACGUGCUCAGUCUCUCCUCUUGCUCGCCAAGGCCACUACAACUCUCUUCACCUUGAAAUUGAGGUGCAGUGGUGUUUGCCCAGAUGACCACCCUGUGAAAUCAGAGCUUGAGAGAUUAAGGUUGUAUCAAGAAAAACUACAACGGUUCAUUGAUUUGAGUAAAGCGCCGCUAAGACCUUCAACUACCUUGAAUUACCAGGCAGCAACACGUUUUAUUGAGCAUUCAUUGCCCGAUCUUACUUCAGAGCAGAGGCAAAGUAUGAGGGAUAUCAGUAGAGGAGAGGGCCCAAAGAUUAAGUAUGUGGAGAGAAGUGUCCACAAGAAGAGAAAAUGUCAGUCAUCUGGGCAACAAUCUGUCCGUACUGCUACCCAGGAAUUUCUUGAGAAAGCAGCCCGUGAGCUUCUUGGUGAUAAUAAAAAUGGUUUUAAGGGACCUCUGCAGCCUGAGGAUUUAGAUGAAGAUGACCUAUCCAUGGAUUGACACUGCUUUAAAUGCACAAAUUGUUAUUGGCCACUUGAGAGGCUAUGUAUACCAGCUCGAGCUGGCUUCUCAUGGUUUGAUGAUUGUUUUUAUCUACUUGACGGAGUAUUGUAACUUGCAAGUGUUCUGCGUGGUUCUGAUUUCCCCGUUUGAGCCAGAAUACAGUUUGGACUUCAAGGAUUGUCCCAUCUAUAAAUACAGAACCCUGUGGGAGACUUUUACAUGCUUGGACAGAUCUCUUGAAGAGGCGUUACUCUGCAGAGCUUAUUAGUGAUUAUUUUCUAAGCUUUCUACAUAUCAUUAUUUCUUGAGUUUGUGAGAACUUUGGUGGAUUCCAAGGCUUUAGUGGAUCAUGUUCAGUUCGUGGUGGGUUCCAGAGGUAUCGUGGGCUCGACACUCAAUCAUCGAUUGAAGAAAGAGAUCAUGGAUUCGUUCAGUACAAGCAGCACACCCGCAAGCUUGUGGAUUCAACACCUAAGGCUCAUGGAUUUGGCUAUGUUCCCGUGGUUUUUACCGUUGGAAUUUGCACGUCUUGUUGUGUGUGAUUGCUUUACUUUAUGCUUUAUUAAUAAUUGUGUAAUAAAUUAAUCAAUCCUAUUCAAUGGGCAAAACCACAUCCGUAUCGACGUCACGAAAAUUUCAUUAUUUAUUCUUUAAAAGUCAUUGCGGCAUGUAAUAUCAAAUUUAUACAUGUUUCUUAAAAUUUUAUACCUUUUUCUCAUCUCUUUUUUCUUUGUAAGUCAUUGUGGCUAGGUAACAUCAAAUUUAUACAUGUUUUUGAAUUUAUAAACCUUUUUCUCAUCUUUGUUUUCCUUUACAAAUCAUUUUUGAACUUCUAGUCAGCAUGAAAAGUGUGGAGUUUUGUCUUUCCAAUUUCUGUUAACCUUGAAAGUUUGCAUUUAAAUGGUAUUUGUGGUUGAGGACUUGUAUAGCUUUAGUUAUAAUCUGCUUUCUGACAAUUCUCUUUUUUCUUUUUUCU